AUGGAGGCGCUGGCGGGGCUGCUGGCCGCGCUGCCCGCUCUGGCCACGGCGCUGGCGCUGCUGCUCGCCUGGCUGCUGCUGCGGCGCCCCCCGGCCGCCAGCGCGCCCCCCGACCGCGCGGCCCCGGAGCCCGCGCCCCCGGCCCCCCCCGCGCCGCCCGGCCCCGCGGCCACGGAGGACGCGGCCGCGCGCCGGGAGCCCGCGGAGCCGGAGCAGCAGGCCGCCGGGGAGAAGCAGGACGAGGAGCAGGAGCAGGACAGCGAGGAGGAGCCGCCCCCGGCAGAGCCUGAGGAGGACGAUGGAGAGGCCUUCUUCCAGUACAGCCCCGGGCAGCUGCGGGGCAGCCAGUACAAGCGGAUGAUGACCAAGGAGGAGCUGGAGGAGGAGCAGAGAGCCGAAGAAUAA